AUGUCAGAGAAGAGGAGUAAAAAGGACAAGAAGGAUAAGAAGAAAAGGGCCUCUGCCCUCGAGGCUGAGGGUGCUGAGAAGGGCAUGGCAGUAGAUCCUCCAGGUGUGAUCGAGGACGUGGCAUCAGAGAAGAAGCGCAAACGUGAGGCGGAGGAGGGUGUGGCGGAGGAUGCGAGCGCGUCCAAGAAAGAAAAGAAGAGGAGGAAAAAGGAGGCUGCUGCUGCUGCCGCCGCCGAACACACUCCUGACGACCCAGUCCCCGAGCCUGAAGUCAGCAGUUCCGAGCCGCAAUCAACAAAGGAGAAGAAGGGCAAGAGAGACAAGAAAGCAAAGAAGGACAAGAAGGGAGUCCCUGUCGAUCCUUCGUCUUCAUCUUCGUCGUCCCCUGCGUCCGCGACCCCAGUCGACAUAGAAGCCUUCCUUCAGAAGAACGAGAUCACGCUCACGAUACCCGACGGCAGCGCGCCGUUCACGCCGGUCCUCUCCUUCGCCGCGCUCGACAUCCCGCCAAAACUACGCGCAGCGUUCGACGGGUUCAAGGAGCCUACCCCCAUCCAGGCCUGCUCGUGGCCGCCUGCGUUGGAAUGGCGAGACGUCGUAGGUAUCGCUGAGACCGGAAGUGGGAAGACGCUCGCGUUCGGCCUGCCCGCACUCGCACGGCUCCUCGCCUCCCCAAUCGACAAGAAAUCCAAGGGUACGACGGUGUCGGUGCUCGUCGUAGCUCCGACGCGUGAGCUUGCCAUCCAGACGCACGAGACCCUCGACAAGCUCGGGGAACCGUUCGGGAUCGCAAGCGUCGCGGUGUUCGGGGGCGUCGACAAGGGCCCGCAAAUCAAGGCGCUUAAGAACAUGAACAAGGACAAGGGCAAGGGGACGACGACGCGGAUUGUCGUGGGCACUCCGGGGCGGAUAUUGGAUCUGGUGAACGAGGGUGCCUGUGAUCUGAGCAGGGUGUCGUAUCUCGUGCUGGACGAGGCGGACCGGAUGUUGGACAAGGGGUUCGAGAACGAUAUCCGGAACAUCAUCGGGCACACGAUGCAGGGGCCGGAGAGGCAGACGUUGAUGUUCAGCGCAACCUGGCCCGAUGCCGUGCGGAGACUCGCUGCGACGUUCCAGCGCGAUCCUGUCAGAGUGACAGUUGGAAGUGACGACCUAACUGCAAACAGCAGGGUCGAGCAAGUGGUGGAGGUGUUUGACGAGCCUCGAGAGAAAGACUCGCGGUUGCUUGGCCACCUGCGGACACUCAUGCCCAAGAAAUCGAAGGGCUCUACGGACGACGCGCGUAUCCUCAUCUUUGCACUGUACAAGAAGGAAGCCCAACGAGUGGACAGCAUGCUCCGAAGCAAAGGCUUCUCGGUAGGCGGUCUGCACGGCGACAUGUCGCAGGCGGCGCGUAUCGAGGCGCUGCAGAAUUUCAAGACGGGGGCGACGAGCCUGCUGGUCGCAACUGACGUCGCGGCGCGCGGGCUGGAUAUCCCGAACGUUGCGGCUGUGAUCAACUACACGUUCCCGCUCACGAUCGAGGACUACAUCCACCGGAUCGGGCGGACAGGUCGGGGAGGCAAGAGCGGCAAGUCGAUCACGUUCUUCACGGGGGAGGCGCACGAGCGCGCGCUGGCGGGAGAGCUGGCGCGGGUACUGAGGGAGAGCGGGUUCGAGGCGGAGGGCUUGCACAAGUUCCCGAUGACGAUCAAGAAGAAGACGCACAGUGCGUACGGGGCGUUCUUCCGCGACGACAUCCCGACGCCCAAGGGCCCGACCAAGAUCACGUUCUGA